AUAAUCACAUAGAUCACAGAGACCAGAGAGAGAGAGAGAGAGAGAGAGAGAGAAACAUCUCUAGAGAGAGAAAAGUUAGAGAGAGAGAGAGCUCUGGUCUCGCUUUGGCUCCCCGAAAUUGCAAAAAUAAAGGAGAAAAAGUGAAGGAAGAGAAAAACCUCGGCAUUUGAAUAAUAGCUUAACCCUUGCAAUUUUCGUUGUUGUUGGUCACAGGGCCUUCCGGCAUCCGCAGGUGUAAAUGUUCGACUUCGUUUUGCUCUGGUGCGUUUGCCAUUGCGAUUCUUCUGCAUUUGGAAUUUUGAAUAUUAUUCGUUCCAAGAAUUUUCUAUGAGAUACGUGGUUAUCAGGCAUGGAGAGGGUUUCGGAAUCAAAGGUGCUUCCUAAAAAGUUUCCCCUGGGAGUUGAGGUGAUUUAUUCACGUUCGGCCUCAACAAGAGGAGUGGAUCACUUGUCAAACGUGCACUCUGGUUUGGCAAGAGAAGAUGUUGCUUCUACUAGAGACAGGGGUCAGUUAUCCGAUGGACCAGGCAUGGAGAGGGUUUCGGAAUCAAAGGUGCUUCCUAAAACGUUUCCCGUGGGAGUUGAGGUGAUUUAUUCACGUUCUGCCUCAACAAGAGGAGUGGAUCACUUGUCAAACGUGCACUCUGGUUUGGCAAGAGAAGAUGUUGCUUCUACUAGAGACAGGGGUCAGUUAUCCAAUGGACCAGGCAUGGAGAGGGUUUCGGAAUCAAAGGUGCUUCCUAAAAAGUUUCCCGUGGGAGUUGAGGUGAUUUAUUCACGUUCAGCCUCAACAAGAGGAGUGGAUCACUUGUCAAACGUGCGCUCUGGUUUGGCAAGAGAAGAUGUUGCUUCUACUAGAGACAGGGGUCAGUUAUCCAAUGGGCGCUUAGGCUUGGUGAGAGAAGAAAUUGCAUUGGCAAGGCAAAUGGCUGAGUUGUCAAAUGUGCAUUCUGUUAUGGUAAAAGAUGGGAGAUUUAAUGCACGGGAGUCUCAAGAUUCUGACUUGCCUAUACCUUUAAGAACAAGGAAAGGAAAGGUCUCUUUGCCAGAAGAGGAAGAACUUUUGUCUGGCUCUCUCACAUUCAAGGGAAGUAUAGAUUCAUUUGAUGAAGGUGGUCCUAGUUUUUUCGCCGGGGUUAGUCACCCUCCAGAACCUGUUGAUAUGGAUCUAAUGAAACCAGUGUAUGUACCGAUUGGUCAGAAUAAGUCCGACGCUGGAUGCUUGAUGAAGAGCUUAUCUAUGAAAGGCCCUUUUCUAGAAGAUCUUUCCCCAUGGGUUCCUGCUAAGAAACCAAGUCCAACUGUUCUUUCCCCUUCUGAAAGCUUGCUUGAAGAACCCAACGACAUAGGUGCACUGUCUCCACCAUUUGCGGUUCAGCGUGCAUCACAGAAUACAGAUAAUUCACUCAUUCCUCCAGAUUCCGAGGAGAAGGAGUGUGUUUGGGAUGCUUCUUUGCCUCCGAGUGGUAAUGUAAGUCCACUUAGUAGCAUCGGUAGUGCUUGUGUUGUCACUGCUAUGAGUAUUGCCAAUAGCUGCGCUAGUACAUAUAGGAGUGACGCAAUCACUAGUGAUGGCAUGCUUAGUUUUGAGAGAAAUGGUGAAAGUACCAAAGGGAGUGUUAGAGGGGAUUCACUUGAGAGUGCAAAAACUAGUGUUAGUCGAGCAAGUGAUAGUAGUGGCGUUAGUGAUGACAGCAACUGGAGCAACCUUACUGGGAGUGCUAAUAAGCCCCAUAAAGGAAAUGAUCCUAGGUGGAAGGCGAUUCUUGCUAUUCGAGUUCGGGAUGGGAUUUUGGGUAUGAGCCAUUUUAGAUUACUCAAACGGCUUGGUUGUGGUGAUAUUGGUAGUGUCUAUCUUUCAGAACUAAGUGGAACCCGCUGUUAUUUCGCAAUGAAAGUAAUGGACAAGGCAUCCCUUGCAAGCAGGAAGAAGUUGACUAGGGCUCAGACAGAACGGGAGAUUUUGCAACUGCUGGACCAUCCAUUCCUUCCAACUUUAUAUACACAUUUUGAGACCGACAGGUUCUGCUGUUUGGUCAUGGAAUAUUGUCCAGGGGGUGAUCUGCACACUCUGAGGCAACGACAACCUGGAAAACACUUCUCUGAGUAUGCUGCGAGAUUCUAUGCUGCGGAGGUUCUGUUGGCACUAGAGUAUCUACACAUGCUUGGUGUUGUCUACAGGGACUUAAAACCUGAAAAUGUGCUUGUUCGUGACGAUGGCCACAUAAUGCUCUCUGACUUUGAUCUUUCACUGAGAUGCUCUGUUUCACCGACCCUGAUAAGAACUUCAUAUGAUUCGGAUCCCUCCAAACGAGGAGCAGGUGCGUUCUGCGUCCAGCCUGCAUGUAUCGAGCCGUCAUCAGUAUGCAUUCAGCCUUCUUGUUUUAUCCCAAGGUUCUUCCCUCAGAAAAGCAAGAAGAGCCGAAAGCCUCGAGCUGAGCCAGGGUUUGCCACCAAUGCACUUCCAGAGCUUGUUGCCGAGCCUACUCAAGCUCGGUCCAUGUCUUUUGUUGGAACCCAUGAAUACCUAGCCCCUGAAAUUAUUAAGGGAGAAGGCCAUGGUAGUGCAGUUGAUUGGUGGACGUUUGGUAUAUUCUUGCAUGAGUUACUGUAUGGCAAAACCCCUUUUAAAGGUUCAGGAAACCGUGCUACACUGUUCAAUGUGGUGGGGCAGCAACUUAAAUUCCCAGAUUCCCCCGCAACUAGUUAUGCAAGCCGCGACCUAAUUCGGGGUUUGCUGGUGAAAGAGCCACAGCACCGGCUUGGGGUGAAAAGGGGUGCAACUGAGAUCAAACAGCAUCCCUUCUUCGAAGGUGUAAAUUGGGCUCUAAUACGAUGCAGCACACCACCAGAAGUACCAAGACCGAUGGAAACUGAAGUGCCAGUGAAAUAUAGCGCAGUUGAGCCUGUUGGUGUCGGAAGCAACAGUAAAAGAAUGGUUGGGGCAGACGUGAAGUCCGGGGGUCAAUAUCUAGACUUUGAGUUCUUUUAGUUUGGAUCACAGGGUUAUUGUGCUAUCUUGUAUUCGUACCCAUCAUUUAAAUCCCGAAAGAGUAUGCCGCAUUCACUGUGUUCUAUAGAAAGAAAUCCCUGUUUUAAUGGGGAAAACUGUUUAGUAAACUUAUACAGCGAUAGACUUUAGCUGGUUCGUUGACGGCCCCCUUUCAAAGGUUAUCGGAGUGCUACCAGUUUUAGUGUUUUGAGCAGGGAUCUCAUUAUUUGCUAAUACAAUUGCUAUGUAUUGAGACUCUGUCGUUCUGUUUCUGUUGCACCUUGUUUUUUCGAGUUGCAGGAAAUGCAAGUACAAAUGUUGGAAGGG